CAUCGGAUUAGUGAUCACACAAAAUACGAUUAAAUCACAGAGAGGUAGUUGGAGACUUGGAGUGCUGUAAUUUGUAUGAAAUCAAGCACCAUUGACUUGCUAAUCAUCAUCUUCUGCUGAUUCAUUGAGCUAUGGCUGCUCCGUCGUCAUCGUCGUCGGCGACGAACAUCAUGCUCGCAAUCCACGAGAAGAAAACUGUAUCGGUCGAUCUCUACCGCCCUCUUCGCAACUACGUAGUUUUCAAUUACUCUGAACGCGAGGCUCAGAACCUAGAAGACGACCUCGAAAACCUAAAGGAGAUGCGGAACACCAUCGAACGCUCCUCUGGCGCCGAUUCCCUCCCUUCCCGUCGCGACCUCCUCCAGAACUACUUCAAAGCCCUAACCGCCGUAGAAUCGAGGUUCCCGAUCUCCCCCGAUAAGGACCAUGUCAACUCCGUGACGUUCACGUGGCACGACGCGUUCAAGAACAAGAACAAGGCGUCGCAACAGAACAUUCACUUGGAGAAGGCGGCGAUUUUGUUUAACUUGGGAGCGGUGCAUAGUCAGAUUGGGUUGACUUUUGACAGGUCAACGGUGGAAGGGAGACGGCAGGCUUCACACUCGUUUAUCGCUGCGGCGGGUGCCUUCGCGUUUCUGAGGGAUAAUGCGGCUACGAAGGCUUCUAUUGGGAGUUCGACGACAGUGGAUGUUUCGGUGGAGUGUGCCGGGAUGUUGGAGAGGCUGAUGCUGGCUCAAGCGCAGGAGUGUGUAUUUGAGAACACCAUUGCUAAAGGGAGCACCCCUGGGGUUUGUGCUAAAAUUUCGAGACAGGCGGGCCUCUACUACGAGGAAGCCGUAGCUGCACUAAAUGUUGCACCUCUCAGUCAGCACUUCGACAAGACAUGGAUGUCUCAUAUUCAGCUAAAGGCAGCUUUGUUCUAUGCAGAAGCUUGUUAUAGGUAUAGCUUAGAGCUUCAUGAGAAAGACGAGAUCGGGGAAGAAAUUGCACGAUUGAACAGCGGCAUUAGUGCUUUAUCUGAUGCCAAGAAAUCAUCUCCAAGGGGAGCUGCACAGCAGAUACUUGAUGCAAUUAACAAGCUAGAAUCCAAUCUUAAUUGCAACCUAGAGAGGGCUAUGAAGGAGAAUGAUAGGGUGUAUCUUAUGAGGGUUCCUCCAGCCAGUUCAUUGCCACCUCUUCCUGCAUUUUCAUUGGUCAAGUCAAUGAACAUGAAUGAUGUGUUGGAUGCAAGUAAGGAGAAGAUGUUUGCAAGUCUUGUUCCUGACAAUAGUGCCAAGGCUCUUUCUAGGUACACGGAAAUGGUUGAUGAGCUUGCNAGAACUCAAGCUGAGAAAUUGCAGCAAGGGAGCGAGCUUGCUCGAGUGAGCCUUAAGGAAAUGGACUUACCUGAUUCAAUUCUUGCUUUGGAAGGACAUUCUGUCUUGCCAACAGCUCUAUGGGAAGAUGUGGAGGCAGUUCAAAUUAGUGGGGGUCCAGCUGGCUUGGAAGGUGAACUCCAGCAACUUCGAGAUUUAAGGAGGGUAAACCACGAAUUGCUGGAUCAGACUGAGGAGCUCCUCCAGAAAGAAGCAGCAGAAGAUGCACAGUUUAGAAGCCAAUUUGGGACACGAUGGACCAGGCCUCAGUCUAGUACCCUCACAAAGAACUUGCAGGAUAGAUUAAAUAGGUUUGCAGCAAAUUUGAAGCAAGCGGCAGACAGCGAUGGUAAAAUUGAACGCUCUGUGAGGGACCACAUGGCACUCAUGUCUAUCCUAGAUAGCCGUCCGAUCGAGUCGGCCCUUCCAACCUUGGCAAGGCCAAUCAUGUCUUUGGAUGCCAAUGAAGAUGCUGUAGUGGGGGCUCUGAAGCAGAGCUUGAGGCAAUUAGAGACACUGGGUGCACAAAGGGCAGGUCUGGAGGACAUGCUUAAAGACAUGAAGAGAAAGGAUGAUAUACUUCCGAAGUUGAUGACAUCCAUUGGUUCACACGAGGAUCUCUUCAGAAAGGAGAUAGCAAAAUAUGAUCAAAUAUGUGAAGAUAUAUCCCAAAAUCUGCAGGCACAAGAGCAAUUAUUGCUACAUAUUCAGGCUCAAAAUAGCGAGUUUGCAGGCACCUUCAACAUUGAGGACUACAGGGCUUCUUGUGAAAAGUGCUAUAAGCAGAUUGAGGCUGCUAUAGCCAGGUAUCGAGAAAUCAAAGAGAACAUCAAUGAAGGAUUGAAGUUUUAUGUUACUCUUCAGGAAGCAAUCACAAACGUAAAGCAGCAGUCGAAUGACUUUGUGAUGACCCGAAGCAUACAGUGCCGAGAAAUGAUUGAAGAUGUACAAAGACAAAUGUCGGGUCUCAGUGUUCAAGAUGGUAGAAACUACAAUUACUCUGUCGGACGGUCUCAUCAGUCACAAAGACCUGAGGCCGCCAAUAUGGCCAACACCCCUCGUCCUCAAACACCAUAUUACCAGCAACCACCACCAGGAUAUGGUCAGCACCCGCCGCCUCCUUAUAACACGGCGCCACCAAGUGGUGGGUCCCCAUACCCCCCUCAGCCAGGCCAACAACAAGGACCGCCAGGGCAGCCGGCUUACCCGGGUUGGCAGGGGUCCUAUUAUAAUGCACAGGGUCAGCAACCUGGAUCUUAUUCGAGGCCUCCAUACCCUCCUAACCAGAGUGGCUACUAUAGACAAUGAUUUGUUUCUUAUUUUUUGGCCUGGUUUGACGUUAUUUUUGGCGUGGAUGUGAUGUGUAUAUUUAAGUUGCAAUUGUUUAUUUCAUUUGUGUGGUUUACAAACUCGUAUCGUGGACAUAUAUCAUCUCGACAUAAAUAACAUAUAC